AUGGCCAGUCCUCGACCGCCUCUGCCAACUCCCUGCCUCGCUAUUCGCAGAGGCCUUCUGCUGCUAGUCGGGCCUUGUGUGCUGGGGCGCGUCACGUGCGCUGGGCAAGCCACCUGGGCAGCACUCGAGGGGCUCUGCGCGCUGUAUGCUAUCGGCCCUCUGAGUAGGUACCGUCUGCCUGUGGUGUCUAUGGAUAUCAUGAGGCAAUGGCUACAAACGAGGAAGAGCCGAGAGGAGCACAGCUUGCGGGAGGCUCUGGCGACGCAUAUCCGUACACCGCUCUGGUCGCAAGACCUGUGA